UCUUCUCUCUUCUAUUUCUAUUAUCAUCUUUUUCCAUUGUCUAUUUUCUUUCUAAAACUCAAAAUAUUUGCCUAUUUAAUCCCUUUUUGAAGGAUUUUUUUAAGAAAAAAAAAAUGGUUUGUAUGGUAUCUCGUACAGGAAGGCAAAUGCAGAGGUACAAUAAAGGUCAUCGUCUUGUUGUUGGAUGUAUUCCAUAUAGAUUUACAAGAAAUGGUGAAUUUGAGGUUCUUGUAGUUAGUUCACAAAAAGGUCAUGCAAUGAUGUUUCCCAAGGGAGGAUGGGAAAUUGAUGAAUCAGUAGAAGAAGCAGCUUCUCGUGAAUCCCUUGAAGAAGCUGGUGUUCUUGGCAUUGUUCAGUGUGAAUUAGGAAAAUGGAGAUUUAAGAGCAAGAGCCAAGGCAUUUAUCAUGAAGGUUACAUGUUCCCAUUGCUUGUUACUGAACAACUCUCACUUUGGCCUGAGCAAAAUCUUAGAAAAAGAGCAUGGAUGACAGUGGAGGAAGCAAGUGAAGCUUGCCAACAAUGGUGGAUGAAAGAAGCACUUGAGAAAUUAGUUAAUAGGCUAAAUUCAUCAGAUCUUGAAAGUUCUCUUAGCUAGAAAAAAUAUAAAAUAAAAUAAAAUAAUUUAUUUUCUUUAGGAUUUUGUAAAUAAAUCUAUAGAGAAAAAAAAAGUCCAAUGAUGUUCAUAAAUGUUGGAUGAUCGAUGGGCUGUCACAACUGUAUCAUUUAUGGCUAAUGUUUGUGAAUUUUUGUUUAUUGUUUAUGUUUGUU